AUGAAGAGUGCAAAUAUCUUGUUAGAUGAUACUCUGGAAGCCAAAAUAUGUGAUUUUGGUUUGCCAAGAUUAGGUCCAAGAAAUCAGCCACAGACCUAUAUCCGUACAAUGCCUUCUGGUACAAGGUAUUACAUUGAUCCAAUUUACAACGAAAGAGGUAGGCUCUCUAAAGAGUCUGACAUUUACUCAUUUGGAGUUGUAAUGUUUGAAAUGUCAAGUGGGACGAUGGCUUAUGAAAAGCGGUUUGCAGAUGCUAAGGAAAGAUAUCUAAUCGACAUAGUUAGAAGCCACUAUGAUGACCAUAAACUUGUUGGCGGACUUGACAAGUUAAUGGAUCCCUUUAUCAGAGGUCAUAUUAAUAUGAGUUCCUUUGAAAAAUUUAAUGAAGUUGCACAUGAGUGCAUUAACUUGGACUUAAGGAAACGCCCUACGUUUGAAGUUGCACAUGAGUGCAUUAACUUGGACUUAAGGAAACGCCCUACGUUGGAUAGGAUCAUCAAGACGAUUGGGGAAGCAAUGAAUAUUAAAAUUGUGGCACUGAUGAUGAUGUGGGCGGGUGGUUGUAGUGGUACCAAUGGUUAG